AUGACUGAUAAAGAUAUGUCGAUCGAAUUUUCGACACCUGAUGGUGGAAAUAAAAAGGUCCCCAGGCACAUGGCGGAAUAUUCUUUGAUGGUUAAACGUAUGGUUGAACUUUACUGCCAAGACGGGCCGUUGACCGAGGCUAUACCCCUGCUCAAGUUGAACUCCUCCACACUCAAUUGUCUUGUGGAUUGGAUGACUAAGAAAGCGAAUAACAACGAUGCUUCGAACAGUUCCAGAUCCAGAGAAAGCCAUCACAUCAGUGAUGAACGAUAUGAUGGAGUGGAUAAUCGUCUUCAAGACUGGGAAAGAAACUUCUUCGUGAAUUUGCCCAGAAAACAGCUGUUUCAACUAAUGAACGCUGCAAACUAUAUGGAAAUCCCCAGUCUUGUGGAGUCGGGUUCAUGCUUCAUAUCAGAGAGAAUAUCUGGUUUGGAUUUGGACCAAAUAAGGAGUUACAUGAAUCUACGUUCCGAUUUUAAUGAUGAGGAAGAGAACUCUUUGAAACAGAAAUACGAUUGGCUGAAUGUUUAG